GCACGGACAUACCGAUAGAACAGUGAAACCGGGACACAGUGCGCUAUCUGCAUCGGGCUGACCCUGACGGAGACGGCGCGGCAGGGCUCGAUAGCAAUCCUUUAUAUAGCCGCUGCGAGAGGCGCUGCAGCCGAGGCGUGCGCGCAGGGCCUAUUACACGUCUGCGGUACACGCUGCCUCUGUCUACCCCCACUCUUUCUUCCCGCCCUUUCUCUCCCGAAGGCCCGUGGGGCUGGUCGACGAGGCGUACUGUUAUACUUAGCCCUUCUGCUGUGAUUCGGUGGCAGUUACGUCGAUGUCUACGAGCGGUAGUUCCCAACAUGGACCGCCUUCGGUGCGCUUCGUUCCUUCAGGGCAGCACGUCCGUAGGCCCUCUCGCCCGCAGUCGCAGUUGGAGACCCUUGUCGAGCGAGAGUCGGAAAACGCGGCGGCUGUGGUGGUAGCAGCACCCAAACCGGCUGUACAUGUUCCUCGGGCACGGCCAACGAGCAUGAUCAUGGCGACACAAACACAGAGCCACAUGCCCAGAAGUAUCUUCCCAGAAGUGCCCGCUUCACGUCGCGCAUCGACAAUGCCUCCAUCGGCUGCUACGUUCCACACCACCGUACCGAACCCGCACGUAUCUGCGCGCCACCCGAUGGCGCGUCGACAUACCACCUACCUCGCGCCCUCUCCUGUCGCUGGUCCGCGUCGCGAAGCGCGUCAGCUUCGCUCUUCGCCUCUUGCAGGCCCCUCCCUUGCCCUCUCCGACGAUGGUAUCCUUACCGGCUCAGACGAAAGCGCAGGCCAGGAACGAAGGUUCAAGCCUAGCCGAAUAAGCUCCACGCCCGACGUCUCGACUAGCACUCUUAUGAAUCUAGAAGAACGUGUCGCUGCCAGCGCUCCGUCUUCUCCAGCAGGGACGUUGCGAGGGGCUCCGCCUCCAGACCUGAUGUCAGAGACAUCGCAGCACGAACCGGAAGAUAUGCCAACGCCGCCGUCACCUGCGCGUACCUCAUCCGUCCGCCGCCUGUCCCUCGGCCUCAAACGUCUUUCAGCACUUCCGGGGAUGCCAAGGCUGUCCGCGUCCGGCGAUGCUACUCCAACUUCGCCGAGCGUGAGCCUCUCACGCGUGCGUUCCCAGACGGGCUCAGACUCAACUUCGAAGAGCGGAAGCGGAGUGCCUCCAGUGCCUCCAAUGCCUCCAGUACCUUCGAUUCCUGUCUGGGCGAAGCCUUCCUACAUACCAGAAGCCGUUACGUCCAAGUCUGCAGUAAAUGCCGCUGCUCCGACUAGGACUGUCCUCCGUCGUCCGGUUACAGCCCCCUCUCCGACCUCUCUUACGCCCGGCUCUCUAUCUCGACGCUCUUCAAAACACGGCUCCCACGAAACGCUCUCGCUACCAGAUUCGGGUGAAGCUUCUCCCCCGAUUCCGAGCACGUCACGUAACCCCGAGUUGAACUGGCUCUCGACUGCGGCGCCGCCCAAGUUCUCCCGGCUGAGUCUCAAGAGUGAAGGUGUCGUGCUGCCCCUCACGGCGAAAGAAGUCCGCCGGCGCUCCACCAUUCGCGUAUCGUCCAUCGAUGGCGCAGACGCACGGAGCAUAACCGGCACCCUCCGCAGCAUGUGUAGCCAGGCGAGUCUCCAAAGCCUCGCUGCAUCCACCGAGGCCGCCGCCGAAGUCGAUGACGUCCAGCCGCCCAGACCCGCGUUUUUUCGGAAGGCAAGCUCGUCGAGCUCGUCUGUCGCGUCGACGGCAUCUGUUGAGUCGGACGAGCAGACCACCCCGAGCUUGAGUCGGGCCUCGAGCUCGUCUGGCGCGUCGAUCGAGGAGAUGCGCACUCCCCGCGUGCCGGACCAGGACGAGUUCGGCGCGCUCGCUUCCAACGGUGCUGGCAAGGACAAAGGCACGGCGGGUGUCGAGCUGCGCGUGAACGACGUGACAGUCGAGAUCAUCGGCCUCAGCGAGAAGACGGAGCGCGUGCGCACGCAGGAGGUGCGCAUCGGUGCUGACGCAAAACCCGUCAAGAACGCGGAGAAGGCGAAGUGGCCCGCGCCCGAGCGACGCGGCACGCUGAAGCGGAUGUGGAAGAAGCUCACCGGGGGUGGCAAAGGAUGAACUCCCCGACGAACACUACGCGCUCUCGCAGGUCAGAGCGUCAUGACUAGACUCUUUUCUUUCUUGUGAACUUUGGACUUUCGCCAUGGGGCCUGUUGCCGAUUUUUGAGGCUUUAGAGAACCUUGAUAUUAUUCGCGCGCUGUGCCUCCUCUUCUUUCGCCCGCGCUGUGUUUGCAGACUAACUACCGCAUUUUUCUUCCUCGCACUUCCUGUCCCCCCUCUUGCAUUUGCACGAACCAUUCUUCAUGGACUGUAUUACUAUACCACCACAUACCUGUCCUCCAAUCUCUCUCCACAUUUUUCCAUCUUUGCGCAUCUCACCGCACGAGCCUCGACGUCGCAUUCAACGAGCUUCGGUUGCAGUACAUAGAAAAUAUGCGUAUAUUAAUAGUCUAUCCCCG